AUGACUACUCCAUUUACCAUUCUCAUCACCGGCGCAAAUAGGGGCAUUGGCAGAGGUUUUGUUCAAUUCUAUCUUGCGCGACCCUCUGCAACUGUUAUUGCUGCUGUUCGCAACCCCUCUCACCCGACCUCAAAGACCCUCGAGGAACUGCCAAAAGGAAAUGGUUCAAAGCUUGUUGUCGUUAAGCUCGACUCUAGCGUGCCUUCCGAUGCUGCCAAAGCUAUUGCAACAAUUAAAAACGAGCAUAAUAUUUGCUCCUUGGAUAUUGUAAUUGCCAAUGCCGCUAUUGCGAAAAAUGGAUGUCGCAUCCGUGAUACCUCUGUCGAGGACAUCAACGAGCAUAUUCAAACAAAUGCAGUAGGUCCAGUAGUGCUCUUUCAGGCUACUUUGGACUUACUUAAGACUGGCAAAACCGGAAGCCCCAUAUUUGUCGCCAUCUCGUCUAUUGCUGGUUCUAUUAAUUCUAUGGAAUUUUUGGCAGAUGUUCCUGGGUUCUUUAGUCCCUAUGGCGCCAGCAAGACUGCCUUAAAUUGGUUCAUUCGCAAUCUUCACUUUGAAGAACCGUGGCUUAUUAGCUUUGUUAUUCAUCCUGGCGCUGUAGAGACUGAUGUCGCUAUCGCUAAUAUGAAGGAACAUGGGGGGAACCUCUCCGACUACGGUUUUAUUACUGUUGAAACCAGUGUUGCUUUUAUGGCGAAGAUUAUUGACAAGGCCACAAAGAAGAUUGGCGGAACCUUUCAGACUUAUGAUGGUACUAUACUUGCCUGGUAG